AUGUUGCCUGGCGUCUCGGCAACGGCACCUGAGGGUUUCACCGAAAUUGUUCGCAGAAAGGGUGGAGACCCCGAAUGCUCAUUCUCCACCAGAGAGAGCAUCUCUAGCUGGAAGCUUACUGAUUCUGACAACGGAAAGAAAGCAUGCAUAGGCUGGGUCACUGCAGGCGAGACCUGCAAGCCAUGGAAGGAAGAAGUUUUCAAUGAUCUGAAAGAGGUAGUGAAGAAGCAAGCUACUACGGACGGACAGCUCAAGUCUAGCAAACAAGGACACUGGUUGGCCGGCUGGCAGCUUGGGAGCUCGGCCACGGCCGACCGAAAGAACUUCGGUGACAAGUUUGCCUUCCUGCUCGACGACGUGAGGAAGGAGCCCGAGGGCAAGUGGAAGCAGGGUUUCAAGAGAUGGUACUACAGCUACGACUCGAACUUCAUCGUCAUCGACUGGAACAACGGCUGGUCGAACAAAUGCGAGCAGGAGGCAUAG